AUGAACCCCUGGGAAACCUGCGCCCUACAGGUUAGUCUCUCUCUCGGCGAGCUUUGCCGUCUUGAAUGGCAGCGACUAACAAGCCGAAAGUACCAUUUCCCCGAGCCAGCCGGCAAUGAUGACCAACAUCCUACCCUCACGCAGCGUCAGCGUCCCGAAAACGCAGACCCCGUCAUGUAUCCCGGUCUCUACUGUCCCAGCGGAUUUGACAUGAUGAGCAUCCUUUUCCGUGUCAUGGGUCGGUCCUCACCCAAGGUCGAACUCGGCCCUAUCGAUUGCUCAGUCGCCCUCGUCCUCUGCGAUCUCGCCCAGCCUGAUUGUCCUAUCGUCUACGCAUCAGAAGCCUUUACCUUCCUUACCGGGUACUCCAAUGCCGAGAUCCUCGGACGCAACUGUCGUUUCCUGCAAGCACCCGGCGGAAAGGUCAGCCGAUCUUCUCCUCGCAAGUAUGUCGACGACAGGAUGGUCAAGCAGAUGCGCAAGGCUGUGGAGAAGAACGACGAGGUCCAACUCGAGGUCCAAAACUUCCGCAAGGACGGCUCGCCGUUCAUGAACAUCUUGACGAUGAUCCCUGUCACCUGGGACAGCGAAGACUAUCGCUACAGCGUUGGCUUUCAAGUUUCGCGCGACGAGUGA